GGAAGUGCUCAAUAUCUAAUAAAAUGUAAUCCCAGCUGGGGACAAUGCUAAAGAAAACAAAAGAAAUUUCACAGGUUCGUUCUUUCACUGAGCUGUGUUCAACACUACAGGUACAAACUCACAGCCAUUUAGGGUCCUUACAGAGUGCUACUGCUACUUUGUAUUUAUAGAUUGGAAACGUUAAGGAGCCAGCCAUUUCCACAGACAGGACCUUAUUCUCAUGCCCACUGAAGCAGGGAGAGGGAAGAGGAAUAUGUCACUGCCAGUGUGAUUUGUUUACUCCCACUAGAAAUUAGGUGGAGUCAGGUUUCUUCCCUUGAUGCUGGCUGGAAACCAAGUGGGGCUGGCAUCUCUGUACAGUACAGGCCAGUCACUGGGCUGUGAGCUGAGACCUGUGAUUGGUUAGAAAGGCAAGCAUAACCUGUCCAGAUUGGUUGUAGACUCCCCCUUGUUGUUACUUCAUAGCAUUCUGAAGACCUGUCUACCAAUCACAGGGCUCCUUACUAGAUGAAAAACAACUGCUAGGAAGUGCCAAGAGGCCCUAGCAACAGUGUGGCUUUUAAAAUCUGUCAGGGGGAGACCGUGUAGUCAGUGGAUAGUGGAGGAGAGUGCCGAUGCCUCAGGAAGAGAGUGCCGAUGCCUCAGGAAGAGACAGCUCUCAGGAUGGACACCCCUCCCUCUGAAGAACCAUUAGAUAAGCAAAAUGAAAAACCAGAAAACCAGGAAGAGAAAAUGGAGUUUAAGGAACUGGAUGGUCUGAAGGAAGCCUUGGCAAACCUCCGGGGACUGUCCGAGGAAGAGAAGAGUGAGAAGGCGAUGCUUUGUUCCCGCAUCCAGGAGCAAUCCCAGCUUAUAUGCAUCCUAAAGCGGAGGUCAGAUGAGGCCCUGGAGCGCUGCCAGAUCCUGGAGCUGCUCAAUACAGAGCUGGAGGAGAAGGUGAUGCUGGAAGCUGAGAAGCUGAAGGCCAAGAGUGAGCAUGCCCAGAAGCUGGAGGAACGCUUUAUGACCCUGGCAGCCAACCAUGAGUUGAUGAUCCGCUUCAAGGAUGAGCACAAGAGCCAGAAUGUCAGGCUGAGAGAAGAGAAUGAGAGACUGAGGCUGGAGAAUGACCACCUCUUCAGCCAAGCUUUGAAGGACCAGGAGGCCAAAGUUCUGCAGCUCACCGCCCAGAGCGAGGCCCUAGCCAAGGAGCUGCAGACUCUGAAGCAGAGAUGUGCUCAGGAUGCCUGCCAGGCACAGGCGCGAGAGAAGGAGCUGCUGGCGCUGCAGAGGCAGCAGGCCUGCGCCCACACCAAGGAGACAGAGCAGCUGCGCAGCCAGCUGCAGAGCCUUGAGCAGCAGCAUGAGCAGGCCAUGGAGCAGAUGGCGAAGGCUGAGCAGAUGCAAAGCAGACUGAACCAGGAGCUGCAGGCCAGGCUGCAGACCGUUACUCAUGAGAAAGAGGAGCUAUUGCAGCUGUCCAUGGAGAGGGGCACGGUGCUUCAGAACAAGCAAGCAGAGAUCCACCAGCUUGAGGAGAAGUUGGAGACGGCUGAUGUGGCCAGGAGACGUGCCUUAGAGCGGUUUGAGCAAGAGGCCAUGGCUGUGGACAGUAACUUGAGAGUCCGGGAGCUUCAGCGCAAGGUAGAUGGGAUCCAGAAGGCCUAUGAUGAACUCAGGCUGCAGUCUGAAGCCUUCAAAAAGCACAGCCUAGAUCUUCUAAGCAAGGAGCGAGAACUCAAUGCCAAACUCCGCCAUCUCUUUCCAUAAAGAAGCUUCUGCCUCCUCUCGCCUCUAAUUUAGAAUUCAAAUAUUUGUGCCUUUGCAUAAUGGCGAGAGUAAAGAUGGUAUUCCAUUUAUUAUACUUUUAAGUACAAAAGGCAACUCAAAGAAAAACUACUAUGAUGUUGUUGUUGCUAUUGUUAAAGAUAACACUAAUUUUCAGUCCUACUACCUAAAAUACACAAGUUACCAAAUUUCUUUUUGUGCCUUUGAAAUCUUCCUGUUUGCUGUCAGUUUCUCCACCUCCCUCAUAGCUCAUUCAUUCUCAACCUCAGGUAUCUUCAUAUUCUCAACCUCAGAUAUCUUCAUAAGAUUUAAAAUUAGCAGCUCUUAUGGAAUUAAGUGAAUCUUAAGUGUGCAAUGGGAUGUGCUACUGUGAAAAAAAUUAGCAUAAUUAGUCAAUGUAGACAGGUAGGCUUGUAGUGUAGUAGAGAUUGUAAGCUAAAAUAGCUACCAGCAUAAUAAUAGCAUGGAUAACUUGCAGGAAAAAAAGUAUCUGAUUUUGCAACUGGCCAAACCAUUGCUUGUUUCACCUGGUAUAUGGCAGUAUCCUUUUUAUUUUGUUUCAUUUCAUUUCAUUUCACUUCAUUUGUGCUAGCUUGGAAAACGAAGAUUGAGAUCAUUAAUUUAUUUUCCAAGGUAGGCAUACUUUGUUAUAGUCAUCUUAUGUAAGCAGUAAGAUUCAAAUAGGUGAAAUCAACCAGUUUAAAUUUUUCCUGCAAGCUUAGAUCACAUUCCAUUUUCUUGGGUUUUCGCCUUAAUAAAAAUAGGAUUUAGAGAUGCAAAAAUGCAAAUAUCAGUAGUGUCAUUUAAUAUUGCACAAUAUGCUAAUAGAAGUCCCCAAUUUGGGGUAACAAGUCAUAGCAGACUGGAUAUGAUACACAUAGCAACAAAUACUGAUUGUUCUGUUUCUAUUAGCGUAUUUUCUUGCAGCUAUUUCCUUUUUUAGAAGAUCAUCUAAAUGGAACGUAUAUAUGUAUACUUAACAGCAUUUUUUGUAGGAAUACUUAAAUGUAGUUAUAAAGACAAUAAUUAUUAUAUACUUAUAUAAAGUUUUUAACACGCUUCCUUAUUUCCCUGUAUUUAAGUGAUAUAGAAACAUUAUUAUGAAUACUUCUCAAAAUUGUGAUGUAGUAUUUUCCUCACCCAUUUAAUGCCAAGAGUGCCAAGGGUUCCCUAGUGAUUUGGAUUUACUUUAAAAAU